AUGGCAGCAACUCAAGGCGUGUCCAUCACCGUCGCGAACGGGUCAUACAAGAAGCCCGCGCACCUCGACUUCUCGUGGGCGCCAGAGCUGUACGAGCACCCGAUCCGUGAGGCGCGGCACGUCAAGAUCAUCUGCAUCGGCGCGGGCUUCAGCGGGCUCUGCGCCGCGAUCCACUUCCAGGACAACCUCGACAACUACGACCUGACAAUCUACGAGCGGCAGGACGAUGUCGGCGGAGUAUGGCACCAGAACACUUACCCCGGCGUGGCGUGCGACGUGCCCGCGCACGCGUACCAGUUCAGCUUUGCCGAGAAGACGGACUGGUCGGCGUACUAUGCGCCCGGGGCCGAGAUUGCGGGAUACCUGCGUAACGUCGCCGAGAGCUACGGGCUGAGGAAGUACAUCCGCCUAUCGCACUCUGUGCAGUGGGCGCGGUGGGACGGCGCGCGGGACAAGUGGGUUGUGUGUGUGCGCGACGACAAGACGGGUGCAGUGGUGGAGGACGAGGCCGACUUUGUGGUGUUCGCCACGGGCCUGCUGUCCAAGCCGCUGUGGCCGAGGGAUAUCCCGGGCAGGGAGACCUACGCCGGCAAGCUCGUCCACUCGGGCGACUGGAAGGCGGCCGGCAUCGACACCGACCCCGCCUGGAGCUGGGAGGACAAGCGCGUCGGCGUCAUCGGCAUGGGCGCGAGCGGGGUGCAGCUCGUCCCCGCGCUCCAGCGGCAGGCGAAGCGCGUCGUCAACUUUGGCCGGAGCAAGCUGUGGCUGUCGGCGGGGUGGGGAUCCAGGAUGCUCCAGCAGCUCCAGGACCCAGACAAGCCGCUCCAGAGCAACUAUCACUUUACCGACGCGGAUAUCGCCCAGUUCCGUAACCCAGAGGUGUACCGCCUCUUCCGGGCCGCGAUCGAGGAGGACCUCGGGUCCACGCACGAGCUGACGCUGCGGAACCACCCGCUGCAAGACGUCUUCGCGACCAAGUUUACCCAGAUACUACGGCAGAAGACGGCCGCCAAGCCCAAGGUCGGGGACGCCAUCCUGCCCGACUUCCCAGUCGGGUGUAAGCGCUUGACGCCUGGGCCGGGGUAUCUCGAGGCCCUGUGCCAGGACAAUUGCGACCUUGUCACGGAGCGCAUUGAAUGCUUCACGCCGAGCGGCAUCCGCACCGCCGACGGCGUGGAGCACGAGCUCGACGUCGUCGUCUGCGCGACGGGCUUCGACGUGUCCUUCCGGCCCGCGUUCCCAAUCUACGGGCUGGACGGCAACAACAUGCAGGACGUGUGGGCCAAGGAGGCGCGGACGUAUCUCGGGCUGUUCGCCGCCGAGCUGCCCAACAGUUUCAACCUCCUCACGACGCAGAGCGCCGUCGGGUCCGGGAGCUUGCUCGUCGUCGCGGAGCAGCAGUGCGCGUACAUGACCAAGGCGAUCGCCAAGUGCCAGCGGGACGGGUACGGCUCGUUCGUGACCAAGCGCCGCGCCGUGGACGACUUUAUCGCCUUCACAGACGACUACUUUGCCCGUACGGUGCUGACCACCAACUGCAAGAGCUGGUACAAGGAUGGCAACGGCAUCAUCCGCGCCAUCUGGCCCGGCUCGGGCUCGCACAGCUUUGUCGCGCUCCAGCACCCCCGGUGGGAGGACUUUGAGUGGGAGAGGGUCAAAGCUAGGGGCAUGAAGCAUAGUAUGAGCUGGCUGGGGAACGGCACCGCGCCGCAGGUCGAUGGGGGCGAGGUGCAUCUCAAGAUGAGGGAGUUUUACAAGGUGAGCGAGGGAGGGGGGACAUCGCCCACCGCGCCCGCCCACCGCAUCCCCUUCGCUGCGCCGCAAGAGUUUCUCGAGACGCCCGCCGACGCGCUCCGCAUCCUCGUCGCCGCCGUCGAGGAGCAGGACCAGCGCGGCAGCUCGCCGAGCCCGUCGACGCCGCCGCGUGCGCGCGAUAGCCCGCCGACGAGGGUAUGGAGUCGCUGGGGCCCGGUGCGGGACGGGCUACUGACCACCGAUGAGGCGAACGUGCUCCUAGCGUUCUACCACGCCCACCUCGCGCCCGUGUACCCCGUCGUCCCGAUACGCCUGUUCGAGCCCGAGCACUUCCCGCUGCUGCUCCAGGAGCCGAUCCUCCUCGCGGCGAUAUGCCUCGUCGCGAGCCGCUUCCAUGACCUCGGACCUAGCUUUGAUGUCUCCGAGCCGGCGCGCUCGCGCGUCGUGCAGGGCAAGCUCGUGGGCUGGGUCAUCGCGCGGCUGGGGUACCUCACCAUGGGGGAUCCGACCUUCACCACCAUCGGCACGGUCGAAGGCCUGCUCGUGCUCUCCGAGUGGCCGCCGCGCGCGCCUGUACUCCGCGAUCCGGCGAGCACGUCGUCGUCGACGACCCGCUCCCCGCCCAGCGCGACAAAGACGUUUGACGACCUGUCCUGGAAGUUGACGGGCUUGGCGGUGCGUAUCGCGCAGGAGCUCAGCCUGCACGACGAGACGACGUACAAGGACUCUGUCGUGGCUUGGGCCGGGCGGCGGAGGCUCGAUGCAUGGCUGUACUGCCUCUCGGCCGAUCGACACGUGUCUGUCCGCCUAGGUCGCGUGUCCCUCAUCCAAGCUAAAAUGUCCACGGCAUGGUGGGAAGGCGUCAACAGCCUCAUGUACCCUUCUGUCCCUCUGUCGAGCAACAACGUCUUCGAGACGCAAGACACGUCGUGGAAGGAGUCACAGGCGACAUCCGAGAUCACUCACCUCAUCGGCUUCCUCCAAGAACUGCUCUACUACUCGCCCAACCUGACGACCGACCUAAUCCGCACGCGCCGCUUCGAGCCCAUCCUGCACCGGCUCAAGCCCGAGCUGGACAGCCUGAGCCAGUUGUUGACAGGCAUGGCGGACUACGACGUGCUCGACGAGUCGCAGCCGGGCAUGGAGGCUGAGGAGCUGCGCGAGAUCCGGAUGCGUAUCGAGGUCGACUAUGUCAGGCUGUACGCCAAUGCCAUCGGGAUGCGCGCUGCGCAUGCUCGCUUGACGCACCGGUUCAACAACCCCGAGCGAAGCCCGCUAUUCGCGACCAGCAUCCUCCGCUGGGCCGAGGGCCCGUUCAUCCUCGAGGCAGUGACGGCCGCAAUCUCCCUCCUCCGCUGCGGCGUUGCACUGCAUAAGCGACACGUACUGCGCUACUGCCCCGGCCGCACGUUCCUCCGCAUGAUGUUUGCGUCCGUCUUCCUCAUGAAGGCCAUGUCGUUCGGUGCGAUGCUGCAGGAAGUCGUCGACGUCGUCGAGCUCCAGUGGUCGCUGAUCGGGGCGUUCCGCUCCGCGGCAGUCGACGACGACCACCUCGUCGCGCAGCUCGCGUCCCUCCUCUCCCGGCUGCUCGCGCAAACGCGUCCCACCGCCGACGGUGAGCAGCCCGCCGCACAGGACGAGGGAACGCCGCCACUCGACCCGCUCGCGUUCCUCGACUUUGACCUCACCGCGAUCGGCGGGCUGCACAUGGCCGCCGCGUUUGGCGAUACCGGCAGCGGGGGCGACGACGCGUUCCACAACAUCAUCGGAUGUAACCCCAACGGCCUCGUGUCCGUAAUCGAGGGGGUGCUGGCCGGCGGCCUGCACCUUCCAUAG